CUUGAGCAUUUUUCUUUUCAAAUUGAGAACAGAACGACCGUACUCCCAAUGGGCGUUGAUCGAUUACUGCAUUAGUAAGGAAAUGGCUUCUUGUACCACACAGAACCAUGGAUCUACUGUCAGCCACUUUCGUGGUUCUUUUUCUUGUUAGAUCUCACCUAAGCCUUCUUUUUAUUUCUUAAUUUUUUAAUAGUUAUGAUAUCAGGAGAAGAAAAAAACACCUUUGUUGUCUCAGCUCUUGGCGCGGUUGGAACUGGAAAGUCAAGCUUAUUAAACGCAAUUACUGGUGAAUAUACAUUUGAAACUGGAAAUGGUGUAGAACUGACUACACAACAAGUUAACGGAAUCACAAAAGAAUGGAAGUUUGCUCCUUCUUUACAAUAUUGCCACCUGAUUGAUACUCCUGGACUCAUAGACUCUAGCGUUCACGACCGCCAAAGCAUACAAGAAAUGAUUAAAUAUUUCAAAUCACUUCAAUAUGGCGUAAGUGCAUUCUUUUUGGUAUUCAACAUCAAUGAUAUAAGAUUGGACGCAUAUACUCAAAACAUGCUUGUUUUAUUCCACCAACUGCUUGGAAAGGACUUUUGGAACUUUGUUAUCAUUGUAUUUACGCAUGUUGAUGAAGAAUUCCGUGAUGACUUGGAAGAUAAUAUGGAUGCUGUUACUGCAAGUGAUGAUGGGUUUGUAGCAGAGAUUAGAAGGAUUUAUAAACUUUCAAAGAGCUUUGAACCUUCAGUCGUGUUCACAUCGACGCAGAAUGUGCGUAAUAGUAGCUACACUCAAAGACAUAUUCGCGAGCUUUAUUAUGCUGUGGGAAUGUGUGAAGCAAGAAAUAAUGGUAAACGAUUCACUUGUAACUGGUUCAAACAAAUCAUGAGCAUCCCAGGUGAAGAACAAAAGUCUAAUUUUAUUGCAGAAAGUAUCAAAGACGCAUGGUCAUCAAUGUCUAACGUAUGCCAGAUACAGUAAUAAAGACACACGCCUGUCCUUAUUUUCAAGAAGCUAUUACAUGCUUUUGCCUUUAGAAUGACCUGAAGGAAGAAUGUAUAGUAGAAAUACAUACUACAAUUAUUCGCACACA